AUGGCACGGCGUUCACUGAGACAAGAUGCACAAUCAAAAUUAAUUCGGCUGCGAUCAGCGGUGGGCAAUGAUUACCUGGAUGCGUCUAGCUGUCCGGAUUCACCCUGUCCGAAGAAAACUUGUCGGCUGGUUGUUGUCGGAGCACCACGCACCGGUAAAAGUGCCAUAGUGAAACGUUUUCUGUGCGACAAGUUCGAGGAGCGCUACAUUCCAACUAUCGAGGAGUUUUACCGGAAGCAGUACAAAAUUCGUGGAGAAAUUUAUCAGCUGGAAAUAGUGGACUGUUCUGGCAAUGACCCAUUUCCAGCAGCGCGCAAAUUGUGCUACCUAUCGGUGUGGCACAUCUAA